AUGAGCUGCAGCAUCAAGAGAACUUCCAGUACUUCCUUCAGGAGCGGUGGAGGUGGAGGUGUCUGUGGUGGUGGCAGUGGCAGGAGCUCCUCCGUCUCCUGCAGGCGCUACGCCUCCUCGGUGGUGGGUGGUGGAAGCUACGGUGGGGCAGCGUGCAGCACGGGCUAUGGAGGGGGCAUGAGCGCAGGCAGCCUUGCUGGUGGCUUUGGUGGUGGCUUUGCAGGAGGCUUUGUUGCUGGGGGGGAUGUCCUUCUGAGCGGCAAUGAGAAGGUCACCAUGCAGAACCUCAAUGACCGCCUGGCCGCGUACCUGGACAAGGUGCGACGGCUGGAGGAAGAAAAUGCUCAGCUGGAGCACCACAUCCGGGAGUGGUACAGGAAACAAGCUCCCAGCGUCUCCAAGGACUACACCUCCUACUACCAGACCAUCGAACAACUCCAGAACCAGAUCAUUUCUGCCACUGUGGACAAUAACAGACUGCUUCUGGACAUCGAUAACAGCAAGAUGACUGCUGAUGACUUCAGAAUGAAGUAUGAGAAUGAGCUGGUCAUCCGUCAGACUGUGGAGGCUGAUAUUAAUGGCUUGAGAAAUCUCCUGGAUGAGCUCACCUGCACUCGGUCUUCACUGGAAUCAGAGCUAGAGUCCCUGAAGGAUGAGCUCAUUGCUCUUAAGAGAAACCAUGAGGAGGAGAUCAGGAUGCUGCAGUCUCAAACUGGUGGCGACGUGAGUGUGGAGGUCAAUGCUGCCCCUGGAGAAGACUUGACAAAGGUACUCAAUGACCUGAGAAACGAAUACGAGCAGAUCAUUGAGAAGAACCGCAGAGAGGUGGAGCAGUGGUACGAAGUCAAGAUUGAAGAAGUCAACCGCCAGGUCACCUCCAGCAGCCAGGACAUCCAGACCAGCAGCCACCAGCUCACGGAACUGAGACGUGAAAUGCAGAAUCUGGAGAUUGAACUGCAGGCGCAGCUCAGCACGAAAACCUCUCUGGAGAACUCCCUGGCAGAAACGGAUUCCCGCUACGGCUUCCUGCUGCAACAAAUCCAAGUGCAGAUUAACUCUGUGGAGGAGGAGCUGGCCAGUAUCCGCUGCGAGAUGGAGAGUCAGAACCAGGAGUAUAAGAUGCUCCUGGGCAUCAAGACCCGCCUGGAGCAGGAGAUCGCUCAGUACCGGGCCCUGCUGCAGGAGGGACAGCAGGACAUUGCUGCCUCUCAAGGAGCUUUCCAAGGUGGAAAAUCCUCCCAUGCAUACUCUUCUACUUCCUAA